UUUGCAUGGAGCAGGCUUUUCCCCCUCCACCUAGACUUGAACUGCACAACAUACAGGCAGCAUAAAGUAUUUGCUCUCUGAUUCCACAUAAAGAACUUCAGCUUUCACAGGAAACCUAGAGCUCUUUGGAAGCCAAGCAUUCCACAAUGAAGAGCUUUCUGGCUUUCCUUGUUGCAAUGGGCAUCCUAGUGAGCCUGGGUGAUGCAGGCUGCUGGAGUAAAAUUCACAAGCCAGGGGAGGCCAAAGACGGCUGUAUGAUUAAUGGAAAACUGUAUCCCUUUGGACACAUUGAGAGGACAGAAGAUUGCUACGCAUGCAGCUGUGGCGAAGAUGUAAUGAAAUGCUGUUCCCUCUUCCACACUCCUGUUUCUUACGACAAAAAGAAAUGUAAAGUUGUCUUCAACAAGAAGAGCUGCGACUAUGAUGUGGUUCAGAAGAAUGACCCCUCAAAGACAUGUUUUGUCUAUUCUCGUGUGGGCUGACCUCUGCUCAAAACCUCUCUGCAUUGUGGAAUUCCUCUGCUUCCUACAGGUGUUAGCCAUCACAGAGAAGCACGAUGAUAUGGGAAAAUCUCAUAAGAGAGCACUUCAGUAGCUGCCUCCUAAGUGUUGCAAUUUAGCUUACAAAAUGCAUAAUCAGAUAGAGUACCUCAUUUCUGUCAUGAAUGCAUUUAUUGGCUACAAUAAACUGAGAGGAAACAUCCAUAAA